AUGAAUUUCCGGAUCGCUCGUUUUCCAGUCAUCAUUUCCAUUAUUAUCUCAUCAGUUAGCAUCAUUUUUCUCAAUAUUUUUGGCAUGAGAAUAUUUGGUGUGAAUGAUGUUCACGAUUAUCGAAAAGGCAAUCGUGCACGUCAAUUGAGUACAGUCAAAUUUGAACUUUUUAUACUUCCGUUCAGCGUUUUCGUGUAUCUGCGACUCAUUCAACUUGCAAAAUAUGUGUUAGCAUAUAAUAAUAAUGGUAUGAUAACAGAUCAUGCUGGAAAGGGAAAAAAAAAUAUCUAUUUGCAAUUGAUAGCUAUUGGUACGAUAUUAUGGUUAUUUCUGGGACAUGCAACACUUUUCUUAUAUUUCAUUCCUGACUUGGUACCACGUUUCCUGGUUAUGUUAUCAUUUUUAUCGAUAGGUUUAUGGUACCAUAUUGUCAUUCCUUUAGUUGCGUUUGCAAUUCUAACAGCAGUAAUUUCUGAACUAAAGAAUGUAUCACUGAAUGUAAAAGAUUUGCCGAAUGGUACAGAAGGCAUACGAUUUGCCCUUAUAUCAGAUAUCCAUGCAGGUGCAACAGUAUUUAAGGAAAAAAUUGAAGAAAUUGUGGAUCGUGUGAACAGUGAAUCGAUUGAUGCUGUAUUUAUUGUUGGUGAUGCUGUGGAUGCUCCAAGAGAUUCAAUAGAAAAUCGUGUAAAACCGUUACGGUUUUUGAAACAGAAAACGUUUUAUGUUAGUGGAAAUCACGAAUAUUAUUACGGUAAUGCUUCGGAAUGGUUUGAUUUAUUUCAACAAUAUGGAUUUGAGAUUUUAAAUAACAGGCAUGUGCUUUUUCGUGGUAUUUGUAUAGCUGGUGUGAGUGACUAUUCUAGUGGAGAAAGCGGAUUGCCUGCUCAUAAGUUUCAACCAGUAGAAGCGCUAAAAGGUUGUCCUCAAAAUACUACAACUAUUGUACUUUCACAUAAUCCAGCUUCAGCUAAAGAAAUUGCUUUUAAUAGUGCACAUCUACGUGUUGACCUCAUUCUGUCAGGACAUACACAUGCAGGACAAUUUUAUACGGUUGCACCGAUUGCUUAUUGGAUGCUGCCUUAUUAUUAUGGAUUAUAUCAGAUCUCACCUGAAACGCAAUUAUUUAUUACAGCUGGUACACUUUAUCAAGGUGCACCUAUGAAAAUGAUUUGGACAUCCGAAAUUUGGAUUAUUGAAUUUCAUGCUGCUUUUUAA